AUGUGGGAAUCGAUAACAAAACUUGUUGCUCAAAGCAUCUUCUUACUUUUUGGACUGGCAGGAAACAUGUUUAUCCUGGUGAUGAGUUUCACUGACUGGAGGAAGACUCAUAGCUGGAAUCCUUACGCUGUUAUCACAAUCAGUAUUGGGAUCUCUAACAUCCUGCUCCAAACUACUACAUUUCUAAAUGAGUUCUUUGUUCUGCUCUUGACAAAUGUUUCUGUGCAGGAAACAAUGAUUAAGUACUUUAUUGCCACCCAGAUAUCUCUUUUUAUAAACAGCCUGUUAUUUUCCCUCUGCCUCUGCUUUUACUAUUGCGUGAAGAUCCUCCAAAUGAACCAACCGUUCUUCCUGAAGAUGAAGCAAGAGAUUGCUAGAAUAACUCCCUGGUUUCUCUCAGUAUCCAUGCUUGUAUCUUUGGGCAUUGGAAUACCCUCCUAUUGGGACCUUCACUGGACUCUGACCGGAGCUACAAACUCAUCAGCAAGUUGGAUACAAGUAAAUGUGAAGCUCAGUAGAAGAUACCAGUGGGUGUUUAUUCUACAGAUGCUGAUCUCCUCAGGAGCUUUAAUAGUCUUCUUCUGCCUGGCUGUCACAAUUAUCUCCUCCCUUUGCAGACACAUGAGGCGCAUGAAACUCAACAGUGCUGGCUUCAAUAAAUCCAGCUUAGACGUCCAUGUAUCAGCUGCUAAAACACUGACUUUGAUCUUGCUUCUCCAUAUCUACUUCUUUGUGGCAGUAUGUAUCCUCUUCAACUCUCCGCUCACUUGGGGAACCUGGUUUUUUAAUCUCAGUUACAUAAUGGUCGGCAGCUUUCCGUCAUUGGAUUCUUUCAUUCUCAUCACUGGGAACUCACAGCUAUGGAAUUCUCUAAAAAAUAUAUGUCUACUUUGUAGGAUUUGCCAUACAAUUCCUCAGGACAGGCAUACGGUCCUUCAUCUUUGCUCUGGUAUCCAUCCCCCUUUGGAGAGGGUGACAGAAGAACCAGUGUAA